AUGGCUAGUAGUUGCCUUUACCUCUUUCAGCUUCUACACAGCGCGAUCGACGAAGAAUCUCCGGGCUCCAUUUCCAAGUCGCUGACAGUCGCUGCACCGACCACGAGGGACUCCUCGCUAGAUAUUCCUCUGGACUCGCCCAGAAGCAUUUUCCCGUUGCCUUCCAGCACUUCUACGGACCAAUACCCUUCUAUCCGAAAAUACGAGGCGAAAACGACGCUAUCGUCCAAGGAACCGGCCAGGUUCCAGUAUCCAUCGACCAAAAGAGAGGCUCGAUCUCUGAACGUCCUCAACAAAUCCUCCUGUUCCCUGGAACGACAGCCGAGACUACCAAUCGACCAACUAGGUCUAGUACGAAAGUCUCUGGGUCUGAACAAAUCCACGGACCAAGGAAUAGAAAAAUCUGACGAUUUGGACGGCAAGGUGACCAUCACGUUACCUUCAGAGGAGCCAAUCAAGUCGAAGUUGAAGGAUCGCGAGGAUUCCGCCAGGAUUCCUUCCAGUCCCGAGGAUAUCUCUGACCAAGAGAUCAUCGAAGUGAGGAAAGACAGUGCUCUGUUCCUGGAAGAGUCCGAAGGGCUUCCUACCCUACGCGAGAUCCUGAAAUCGAGGAGUCCAAAGAUAGUGAGGCCCAGAAGAGAAAGCAGCGGAUACGGGAGCAAUCUAGAUACCUUCGACGAGGAUAGGAGAAACUCGUCGACUGCCGACGUGCAGGAUUUGUCGUUGUUCUUGAAGGAGAGACGUAGGUCCUCCACGGGUCCAAAACGCCUGAACUCCAGGGUGAUAUUGGGCAGGGCAGAGGAGAGCUUGACAGAAGACAUCAAGGUCGAAAGGAUGCCUACCACAGAGGUGUACAGGAAGGUGUCCGGAGCUGGACUCGAGAUGCCUAAUAUCGAAGAGGUCAGGGAGAUACUGAGGGAUGAAGCUCCCUCUAGACAGGAGAGUUUGGAUAAUCUUUGUAACCUGGAAAAACGUGUCAGCUCUGAGGACUUCUCCACGCGAUGUCGCCUACUGGGGGAGCCAGCAGACCACGGCAUCUCGCCAAAGGACACGCCAGAAGUUCCAACUGCUACCAGAUGCCAAGAUACAUUGACCUUCUUCGAGCCUUCCUCGCUAAGCGAGUCGAUCAACCGUCUCUCGGUAUCUCCGACCUCGAGGAGUCCAGGCCAGGUGGUUCCUCGUUGCUCCACCUCGACGUUCCUCGAGUCCAAUCUUCGAAACGUCAGUAAACUGAGCAACAAAUCUAACGAGUCUUUGGACAAGUUGAAAGACACCAAAGCUGAGAGACCCAAGACCGUUGCAUCCAGAAUGGACGAAAAGCCUUUGUACAAAAUCUCGAGAACUGUUCGAAAGACCGAAGAGACAACCCAAUCCAGAUCAGUCAGGCUGGAUGACCAAUUCAGUGUUCUCCCACGAUCCAUCAAGAUGUAUCAGUUUCUAUCCACCCAGUCUGAAGACGGGCCUGACAGUGAGCUUCAUCUGGACAGGGGGAUAUCUUUCCAAAUUUCCAAGGAAGACGACGUGACUAGCUCAAUGGCAUCUUCGACAGAGUCGCAGAACCUGUCUCUGAACAAAUCCUCGAGCGUUUUCACUCUGAAAAGCAGCGUUUCCAGUGAUAUUCAGAUGCUCACAUCCGCUGAACCUGCUGACGAUUCUGACGUUAGAAAAGCAAUCUCACCCGGAGAAGUAGGGACGAAUCAGAGGUUCCUUGGGGACGGCUCGAACGUCUCCGCGAGGCCUAUCUAUCCCUAUUGCCCGUAUUCCCCAUAUGGGAGUCCUCAGGGGUCACCCAGGAACAGGAGAAGGCCUCUGAGGGAGAGCAGAAGGGUUUCCAUUGACAAUAGGCAAGGGGCUCUUCAGCUGAAUCAGUACAAGCUGCUGGAUAACAUUGGUCAGGGCUCCUACGGAAUCGUAAAGCUUGUUUACAAUGAGGAGGACGAGACCCACUAUGCAAUGAAGAUUCUCAGCAAGAAGAAGCUGAUGAAGAAGGCGGGAAUCUUCGGUAGGAUGGCCCCAGGGAAAAAGGGAGCGGCGAACCCUUUGGCCAAGGUCUACAGGGAGAUCGCGUUGUUGAAGAAAUUGGAUCACCCGAACGUAGUAAAGCUGGUGGAAGUUCUCGACGACCCGGAUGAAGAUAACCUUUACCUUGUUUUCGAACUGGUCCAGAGGGGCGAGAUCCUCCAGGUUCCUACUGAUAAGCCUUUGGACGAAGAAACUGCUAGGAAGAACUUCCGUGACGUCGUAAUGGGCGUGGAAUAUCUGCACUACCAAAGGAUAGUUCAUCGGGACAUAAAACCGAGCAACCUGUUGGUAGACAGCGACGGUCGCAUCAAGAUCGCGGAUCUAGGCGUGAGCGCGGAACUCAGAGCAUCCGGGGAGCUGCUGUCUGGACCAGCCGGCACCCCGGCAUUCGCGGCACCCGAAACAACCACGCCUGGCGCCCAUUAUUCCGGAACGUUAUGCGACGUAUGGUCAAUGGGAGUGACGCUCUACUGUUUAGUGACCGGAAGAAUCCCCUGGGACGGCGCCGGAAGUAUAAUCGGCGUUCAGGCGGCAGUUCGCAGUGAACCAUUAAAAUUUCCGGAAAAACCAGCCCUCUCCGAGGAUCUCUGCAAUCUGAUCUCGAGAAUGCUGGCCAAGGACCCAGCAGACAGAAUCACGCUGUCGGAGAUCAAGGAACACAUCUGGCUGACCAGUCGUGGUGCUGAACCACUGCCAAGCGAGGUUGACAACUGCCGACUUCCGGUAACUGUGACGGAUGAGGAGGUGGAACGAGUGGUCACGAGGAUACCCAAAUUGGACACGCUGAUUCUCAUCAAAACCAUGCUCAAACAGCACAGUUUUCAGAAUCCUUUCCUAUCGAAGAAGAGUGGUAAAUUGGCGGGUACUGACACGACAGUCGAUAGUAUAGAGUUAUCCCCGUCGGGGAGAAACGAGGAUGUGACGCCUGGAAGAAAAGCAAUCAGAAACGCUAAGACAGAACGAUUCCAGAGAACCGGCAGGAGUAAUUCCGCACCUGACUCUUACGAUUGGCAAACAAACGGCAGGCAAAUAUCCAUAGACAGUCCUCUGCCUCCAGUGACAGAAGCCUCCUGUCAAGAAAUCGAUAUCGAGAAACGAUAAUGCCAUUAAGAAUCUCGGAUCAACACGUCGAAGGGAACUACGAUCAACUAUCGGUUGGUAAACACGGUAUGAGCCGACUUAAUAUUAAAUGCUCCAGUGAAAAUAACGAAUCGUUGAGUAUUCGCAAAAAUUCAUACGUUUCUUGCAAGUUGCAGCACUUCUUCAACAGUUUGAACAAUGAAAAGAUACUUUAAUUGAUUACGUUUUUUUCGAUAUUCAUUUUUGAAACAUAUACCAGAAGCACCGAUUUACGUGGAUAUUUUCAAGUGGAAAAGAUGGUCACGUGGCCACAGCCAACUGUAGAAAUUUUCGAACAGUUACGAAACAGUCGCUUUUCGCACAGUUGUAUCGUUCGUCCCGAAUGUACAGCAUAAUUUUCGAAAAUAAUUUUUCACUCACAUGUCGAGACCAAUUAUACCAUGGUGCGAGUUGACACGACCAGAUUGCAAGUGGCGCCACCACCUGCGAGGCCGUUUUAAACUUGUCAGAUGAUACUUCCUCGAUUUCUGAAACUUGAAAGUAACGAGUUUACAGAUAACUCGUUGAACAGUCUGCGAUCAGCUGAGGGGGAGAUAAGCUGAAGUUAAUUUAAGGAAACGCUGUAAAACUGUCAGCAUAGACUGUCGAAAUGAUAAGAAUAAGAAGAACAGAUUAGACUAUUCUCGGCUGAGCCGACUUCUCAGAUACAAUUAUAAGAAGUAACUUAACCUAUACCUUAAAGGUAACUAGAUAUAUAAAAAUAUUUUUAAUUGUCUCGUUGUCGGUUAACCUCUUCAGAUAGCGUCUAUUUUCAU